AUGCUGACCCGCACGGCAUUGCGGGCCUCGCGCGCGUUCGGCGCUGGCAAGGGCGCCGCAACCAAGACUGCCACGGUAUGUUGAGCCAUCCACCAUCACCACCCCGAGCUCCCGACCGACGCGAACAUACGUGAAUUGUGGAGAGGGAGAUGGGAGGAACACAAUGGAUACAUAUCGGCGGAUACUGACGACGCCUCACAGCGCAAUGCCUCCUCGCAAAGCUCUUCCGAAUCCGCCGCAUCGUGGAAGAACACUGCCAUCCUCACCUCCUCGACCGCGCUGGGUGUUGCCUCGGUGGCAUGGUACUACUAUCAGUUUGGACGUCCGGCAUACGCCAUGACGCCCGCUGAAGAAGGGUAGGGAAGAGAUGAGGAGAUGGACAGAAACAUUGGAGCUAAUGGGGAUACACAGCCUCCAUGCAACCGCAUAUCCAUGGGAGCACGAGAAGUACCUCAAGACCUUCGACCACGCCACACUCCGCCGUGGUUUCCAAGUCUACCGCGAAGUCUGCGCAUCAUGCCAUUCCCUCCAGCGUAUUCCCUACCGCAAGCUGGUCGGUUCCAUGAUGACCGUGGAUGAGGCCAAGGCGCUCGCGGAAGAGAACGAGUACGACACCGAGCCCAACGACGAGGGCGAGAUCGAGAAGCGCCCCGGAAAGCUUUCCGACUACCUGCCCAGCCCAUACAAGAACGACGAGGCCGGUCGCGCCGCCAACAACGGUGCUCUGCCACCCGAUCUCAGCCUGAUCACCAAGGCCCGCCACGGCGGCUGCAACUACAUCUUUUCCCUCUUGACCGGAUACCCCGAGGAGCCUCCGGCCGGUGCUGUUGUUCAGUCCGGCUUGAACUUCAACCCAUACUUCCCGGGAACCGGCAUUGCCAUGGCUCGUGUACUGUACGACGGUCUGGUCGAGUACGAGGACGGCACUCCCGCUACCACUUCCCAGAUGGCCAAGGACGUCGUCGAAUUCUUAAACUGGGCCGCUGAGCCAGAGAUGGACGACCGCAAGCGCAUGGGUUGGAAGGUCAUGGUGAUUGGCACCACUCUAUUCGCCAUGAGCGUGUGGGUCAAGAGGUACGACGUCGCCCCCAUUCCACGAACUCCACAUGACGCGCUGACAUGAUCUUGGUAGAUACAAAUGGUCCACCAUCAAGACCCGCAAGCUCUCGUACCAACCGCCUGCUCAGAGCACUCCCAGCUUCAAGAGAUAGUGGAAGGAUACGCGAGCGGCGAAGGAAUGCGAUCAGUAGAGGUAGAACGGAGACGAACCGGCAAGGACACCUUGAGCAUGUACAGCUGUUUUCUAGCGUAUUGUGCUUCUCCCUUUUGCGUGUAAGAAGAGCUGCAGUGGGUUGCGAAGAUACACACCAGAAACCUUCCGUUCACAUCACAUUCUCCCCAGAAGCUUGCAUUCCACAAUUACACGGUCCUGUUCAUCUACCCACAUGGGCUGCACGUUGUAGAGGAACCAUUCAUUUCUUGAGCAUCCUCCUCCAACUGUCUGCUUUAUGUCUUGUUUCAAGCACAUUAUUUGCCGUUUCACUUCUUGGCAUGCGCUUCAUCAGCACUCCACUAACUACCAAAGCCAUCUUCCCAAUGCAUUUUGGUCGUUUCCCCCUGCCAUGAUAUUUUCAUUUCUCGUCACGGUUUCCACGGACUUUCUUCCAGUCCUCUCUCUGUGCAAUUUUUUUUUGGUUACGCGUGGGAUAUCGUGGCUAUUCGUACGCUUCGUGGCUUGCUUCUUUCUAUAGCUGGAUGUCUCGUCGCGACGACGAUCAUCGCGGAGCGGAUAUAGUCCACGGCUUUCAUUCGUCCAUAGUCAUAGCUCUCCUUGGUGGUGGGAGAUGAGAUCCGUUUCCGCGUUGAAGCGGCUUUCUUUCGUCAACGCCCUGCCUUUUCCAUCGAAAAGAUGCUUCUUCCCGAAUCGUUCGUUUUUCCUUCCAAAGACCUCCAAAAACAAAAACGAGAAGUUCCUCUCCCCUUGUCUAUUCACAUUCCAGUACCGGGCGAAAUUCCCGGGACAACCUGAACCCUCACACAAACCCACCGCACGCCCGCCGCCGCCGCCGCCGCCCGCCUGAACUCCCACGUCCCGACCGUAGGUUUCACCAAACCAUUCCCUCCCUCUCCGCCCCACCAUUCCAGAUUCGCAAACACACUGCCCUGCUGCCCGCCCUUCUCCUCCUCCUCCUCCUCCUCCUCCUCCACCACGCUACUCAGAUCGACGACGCGCAAUUCCUGGCCGCGAUAGCCCGGAUGCGUCGUCACGAGCGUCUCGAACAGAUGCAGGUAUUCCGGCAGGGAGAGUCUCUGGGGCGUGUUAGUGGAGGUGAAGGCGACCUGGGCGUAGGCAAAGGCAUCGGUGGCGCAGCAGGACCAGGCGGGGCUCGUGGGGGAGAAGUCGUGUCCGUUGAUGGCGGAGAGCAUCCGCUGGACGAGGGAUUCUAGCUGUGUGGAAGAGGGGGAUGGGGAUUUGGGGUGUGCGGCGGCGUUUGGGUGGGGGGAGAGGGGGAGGUUGAACAUUGCAGUGUGUGCUAUGGGCUAUGGGUGGUUGUUAGAGUCUGUUCGCUUUUGCUCUUGGAUGGUGGUGAUGUGGGUUGGAGGUUGAUGGAUCUUUCGAUGAGAGGCGUUUGCUCGGUAGGUAUGGUACUCGAAUACGAUCAGAGAUGGUCUUCGUUCCAUGGGUUACAGACACCCAAUGUAGGUCCAUAUUGUGUGGCGAUGCAAAACUUGGCGGUAAUGUUCAGCUGGUGAGGUGUUGUUGCUGUUCAAGUUGCCGGUCGUUCCUCGGCCCGAGGCUCGGCCCGAUCAUUCCGCCGGCCUCUCGGACGUGACGGGAAGUUCUUCGUCGUCUUCAGGUUCUUUCCUUCCUUUCCAUCUCCAACACCCGUAAUGAAAGAACUUAAGUAUAUCUUGUUGACAACGAAGUUUAGAUUGCUCGAUCAUCCGCAGUCACCCGCCACGCCAGACUGGACGCCAUCACAGGAAGAUGAGGUGCUCGCAUUUCCAAUCCGACGCGAACCAUUCUACCGCACCGUCCUUUGGAAGCACUGCUUUUGGAGGAGUCACAUGACGCGCUGUCGCGGUGGUGCCUCCAUCUGGUCUCGGUACCGAUACUGUCAUCUCGAGCUCUCGGGUCGAAUCUGAAUCAUCACACGACCACAGACGAAGAGGGCUUUUCCCAAACUGCAGGAUUCGCAUACGGCGCAUAAGCGAAUGCAUUACAAUUCCCCGAUUGAGUGUCAAGGGUGGCCCCACGGACCAGCUAUUGGCUGAGUACGAGUCUUGUACUACAUUCCACGACAUGCUGGGAGCCUUUGUUGGUAGACGUGGCGAACGACAAAGCGAUGUCCUGCCCUCGGAUCCGGGCAUGUCCUCUCGAACAAUGGCGAGCCAGAAACAAUCAAUCCUUACGGCUUCGUGGGCGAAGAUCGAUUCGCUGGCCGCGCCGCCCGUCUGAAGGUCUGCUCAGGUGUCGCGUAGAGAUGUAGGUGCUGAUGAGGGCGCCCGGUCGUAUAUCUGGGCGCCUUUCCCGGUUUCGCCAUGUUGCACGGGCGCCGACGACUCGGUUUUGGCUGCAUCCUUGUGUUCAACCUUCUUGAGACUCACUUUCCCUUGUUCUCUCUCCAAGAUGGGUUUCCUGUCGUUUGUCCUCGAUCUGCUUUUCCGACGUCUGCUCGGGUGGGACUUGGUUAAGCACUGUGACCGUCAACUUGACAGGCAUACCGAUGAGAAAGAGCGGCUGUUGGAAGAACAACAAGUAGAGGAGACUGGGGCGUACGAUUCGAACUGGCCCAACGACCUUGGUGUACUGUAUAGACGGUCUGCCGAUACAGAGUCUUGCUGACUGUCGUGUAGUUUGAUGUUGUACGAGAAGAACGAACGCCGAUAGACUUGCCAGUACGAGGGCACAUCCCACUGUAUGCUGCCGGCACGAUCUACCGCAACGGUCCUGGUGCACGACAGCUCUUCGACAAAGAUGGUAAUCUUCAGUAUUCGGUGUCACACUGGUUCGAUGGAUUUGCGCAGUUGCACAAAUUCGACCUCAUCCCUGGGUCCGAGAGCAUCCAAGGUGUCAUAUACACCUCCAGAUUUCAAGUCGAUUCAUUGGUGGAAGAGCUACGUCAGACAGGCCGCUUCGACGGUUACACCUUUGCGCAAAAGCGCGACCCUUGCAUGAGUGUCUUUCGAAAGGUCAUGUGUCUGUUCACCCCCAUACCGAUGCCAUCUCCGAAGACCACCAACGUACCUGUUACUAUCUCGGCCAAUCCAACGGGCUAUCCUGAUUCUGGUCUUCCGGGGACAAGGAGGGUAGGAGGCCACAAGGCGACCACCGUUCCACAUAUCAUUGCAAGAACAGACAACGACUUCAUGAAAGCGAUCGAUGCGGAAACCCUUGAACCGAUCGGUAUUGCCCGACAGAGCAGUCUCAACCCACUGCUAAAAGGGCCUCUGUCUGCUACUCACGCGCGCUCCGACCCCGAGACCGGUGAUGUAUUCAACUAUAACUUGGACAUGGGAAGAGAAGCUACGUACAGAGUCUUCGAGACCUCAGCUGCUACGGGAAAGACGAAGAUACUAGCGACAAUAUCAGCACCUCACAUCGCUCCUGCAUAUAUGCACUCGUUCUUCCUCAGCGAGAACUUUGUUAUCCUGGCUGUGUGGUCUGCUCACUUCAUGGCUAGUGGACUCAGAGUGCUUUGGGAGAAGAAUAUCAUCGAUGCCAUUGCACCUUUCGAUGGAUCCAAGACGACUAGAUGGUUCGUCGUUGAUCGUAGACACGAUCGCGGCGUUGUUGCUCAGUUCGAGAGUCCGGCCGCUUUCUGCUUUCAUACCAUCAACGCGUACGAGCAGGCAUCGAUCGACGGCGACACCCACGUCAUCUGUGAUUUGAUCGAAUACGACAAUCUCGACAUAUUGCACACGUUCUAUUACGAAAAUCUACGCUCAUCAUCGCCGAAUGCUAAGCCCUGGCCGAAGAGAGGACAUCGGUUCGCGCGGUACAGACUUCCCCUGUCAUCGUCAUCUUUGGGGCACCCACCAUCUCUCUCCCAGCAACAAAGAGAACGCAAAUGUCCUCUAACCGUACCUAAAGCCGCGCAACGCGUCUCCUCUCUCACGAACGGAGUCGGGGACAUGCCCAACAUCAACCCGAACUACCUCUGCAAACCCCAUCGUUACUUCUGGAACGGCGCCAUGGCUACCGAGAAGUCCUGCUUCUUCGGCGCUCUGACCAAGGUCGACAUCCUCACUGGCGACAUCACCCGUUGGCAAGCGAAGGGACACACGCCCGGAGAAGCGAUCUUCGUUGCGAAUCCUGAAGGAACGGCAGAAGACGAUGGGGUUCUGUUGACGGUCGUGCUCGACGGGUUCGAGGGAACAAGCUAUUUGCUCUGUCUCGAUGCUCGGAGUAUGGAAGAGCUGGGGAGAGCAGACUGCAGGGGCCCGGUGCCUUUUACGUUUCAUGGACAGCAUGUCAGGGCGAGUGGAGAGAGGGGCAUGGAUGUAUAGCUCGAGUCGCUGCCUUAUUCCGUUCGGUUCGUUUGGGGUAUAGCGUGUGGUGGGUGUCUGUGCGCCGAGACAAGGAAUUUCAUUUCUUCUGGCUGGGCUUGAGGUGGUUGUUGCUCCUUUAAUUUGACUUCACCUUUUUCCUCAUUAUUACUAUUUUCCUCCCGACACGGUACACGUAUCUACACCAUCGCCUUUCGUGUGCUCUCCGAUUCAGACACAAUUUGGUUCGUUUCUAUAAGCUGUGGGUGGGUUCAACGUCGCAUUCUUGGUUCCUCAAACACCGAACGUUUCCAGUUCAUCAGCAGGGAAUCGAACAAUAGACCGACUGACUGAUGAUUGAUCUAUUCGAUACCUCUGGGAUUAGAAAUUGAGCUUUGGAAGAAUACUUGUCGGACAUUUGAUGAUGAAGAAGCUCGUUGUUUUUUUUUGCGUUCCGGCUUCCGAUGUUUGGUGUAUAGCCCGGUACUCGGGUGGGUGGGUGGCAUCUGGACGAUCCGUCGCAUCGCAAAUCUUUCAUGGACGUUACAGACAGGCAUGGUCAUGGUCAUGGUGCCGAGAUGAGCAGCUACAAGCUACUAUGUACGUUGUGUUGUUUUAAGAGGUUAAGAGGUUUCUGGGUUCUUGUCUGGAAAUAAAUAUGCUCGAUGCUGUGGAAGUGGUCUGUGAGGAAUGGUGGAAUUCCGGUACGCCGUCUGUAUGAGGUUAUUGAGGCACUUCGCGCUCAGUUCAGAUGCCAGUGGCGUGGAGUUAGUGGCGGUCGUUCGAAUACCUUUCCAGGACUCUUUGGUUGUAGGCCAACUCGCCUGUCUGGCUUUCUUUGGGGAUGAUUGUGCAGUCAAAUCUUGCCUUCUCGCUCUAGGAUUCACAGCCGAUGGCUCUGGUGGCUAUAUACCAAGACUACGUGCGAUACCUGGCGACGACUGCAGUGCGAGACCCGUGGCCCCUGCUGCCAAGAUAUUACACCAAGUUAGCUGGCGUGGUGUAAUAGACUAGUCUGUGAGUCACGCUCUUGGCAGCUAAGCAGUGGGGAUAUGAAAACAGCGCAAAACCGCAUGUGAAUGAGGAGAACUACGAAACCUCCUUUUGCUUCUUGCCAAGGUUCUCGCUUUGUGCUUUGCUUUGUCAAAGUCCGAUUGCUAGAAGAACAACUCGGAUCGGGUCUGUCGAGCAUCGAGGGUCUCUGCGGCAUCUUAAAGACAUAGUGAAGACCAACUGUCCCGCUUGCUGCUUUGGAGCUUCUCGAGCGGUCUUCUACCAUAUGGGAAUUCUGUCGCGGAAUUCGCAGCUUCUCACACGGCACUCGACAAUUCGGACAAAGACAUCUUGAGCAAGAUGGACAAAGGUCAAGGAGAUAUUUAUCCACUUGCAAGAGAUGCGCCCGAGUCCGCAAGGUCCGACUUGUGGAAAGCAAAAUCUGUAUGGGUCAACUGAUGAUGGCUUUAGGCUGGCCGAGCAGCAUCAAAUGGCUACGGAGUAGGUCAACAUCACCAAUCCUACCGCAAAACUCAGUCUACGGAAAUACUCACAGACCGUCCGUGGGUUAGACUCUACGGCCAAUUGAUCCAUUCCACAGUCCUGCCAAACCUACCCAAGAACGCGCGCAUCGCAGAUGUUGCAGCCGGAACAGGUAUCUGGGCCCUCAAUGCCCUCGAGAUCCUUCCCGAAGCGCAACUCGUCGCGUUUGACCUUUCGGACGCACAGUUCCCGCCUUCCCCGCCCAAGAACGUGAGAUUCGAAGUGGCAGAUGCAAAGAAGCCGUUCCCGGAAUCUUACCAUGGGACUUUCGACCUCGUGCACAUCCGGGCUCUCUUCGCGGCUAUGCAUGCCCCAGACUGGGAAAUCGUCCUCCGCAAUGUUGUGCAGUUGUUGAAACCCGGAGGUGCCGUGCAGUGGGAAGAAGGCGAUAACACUGCGCGCUGCUUGCGAGGAAGCAAAGAAUUCCAUCGGUAUACCGGGAUUCCAAAGCUGCUCGAAGGCUUCGGCAACGCCAUGGGAGACCGACGAUCCGACAGUUUCCGCAAAUUGCCCGAGGCUGCUGCGAAUCUGGGCUUGCAAGAUGUCGAGUUGGAUUUCCUGUCUAGCGAUCGCAUACCUGAAUUCCGGGAGGGUAUGACUCGGCAGUACAUGGUUGCUUUACUCGGAUGGGCGGAGAACGUUGCGUAUUGGCCAUCUGACGAGUUGGAGAAGAUUAGGAAUGAAAUUGAUGUUGAUCUUGAGAAUGGUAAGUCUUUCAUGCACGCGAGGCAUGGACGGUUGCUAAUGGGGAAUGUACCAUCAGGUGGCUAUUGCCGUCUCGACGUGAUGAUUCUGGUUGCUAGAAAGCCGUGAGCACAUAUGUCUACCAGUACCACCAUUGUCGGCGAUCUCUGUAGAAGAUUCUACAUGCAUAAAUCAGUCAGUUCAGGAGACUGUCUCAUACCGUCUCACAGCCACAGUCCGCCAUCCAAGGGCCAAGAUGAUGGCAGAAUCUCAAGCUGUCCAGAAUCCCGCCAGAACGGCACCACUCCUAGCCCACACUGAGAUCUUCUGAGAUAGGCCUGACAUCUGUCUAAUAGUAGCAGCCUGGGAAACAACCGCCGAUUGAGGCUGAAUGGUUUGUGCCGAGCCAGCGAUCCGAGGAAGUAUGAGGGCAAGACAAGCACUCGACUCUAUCGACCAAAGAGUUGCAUGUGUCAAUCGCGCUACAGUUCUACCAUCAGUCGAUAACCCUGAGACAGUGUGUCACGCACAAUCGCCUCGUGCGUAGCUUGCCACGCACUGGCAUGUCUUGACAGCGGCUGUGGUAAGGUACCUUAUUUCUGAAAAAGAACCCAGGUGUUGAAGCAAACAGACUCACGGUCCGUUUGAGAUAUGUCUCAGGAGAUCAACGUCCGACGUGAGUUUUGGUCUCAAUUAUCCGAGCGAAGAAGUGCAAUGGAACAUAUGUCUCAGCCGCGAGACGCUUCGAUGCCCCUUUCCCCUUACUAUUCAAAAGACGUCGUGGCGGCUCCUUUUCUUCUUUUCCUUCUUCUUUCUGAUGAUAUAGAUGCAGCAGAUGUUCUUCUGAUUCCCGCGGUGCUAUAUUCUUUCUUCAUUUCUCGUUCUGCUCUUGUUUUGAUGAUUUUCCUCUCACCCCUGGCGCUUGUCAUGGGACGGCGGUGUUGCGGCGGCGGAACGACUCGUUAGGACUCGCUGGAAAAUCUUGGCCUGGUCAUGCAGUGUCAGAUGGCUCGUGGCGACUCGUGCUUGAGGUGUACACGAGCCGGCGCCUAUCUGCUGAUGUCCAACGCAGAGAGGAGACUGUGGUGAUCUCGCGUCUUAGCGUCUGGCUUGGUGUGCUUCCUGUUUUGGCAGGAGCGAUCCUCGUAAAUGGCUGAGAGCAACACCGCUAUAGUAACGCAGGCUUCUUCUGCUGGAUCCAACUGGCGCACAAUACUUUAUACAGCACCACAGUGUGAGAUAUAAUCCUACGAAGACUCUUCGGCAGCCUGACAACACGAGUUGACGCGUAUCACGCGUAAGCUACGACAGCGCACUGAAGCUCACUUCACUCGGAGCAUGUGACAGCUUCACUUCUUCACAAUACAAACCUCCACCUCCUGAUACUGCAUGACUUGGCCCUGAACCAUACACGUCUGCCAACACAUUCACUUGCGUACGCCCUCGGCGCGUCAUAUCGAGAUGUGUUGUUGGUAAACAACACGUCCACGCCCUGUGGAUUCUAAAGGUCAACGAAAGCUUGGCUUCCUGAACAACGACACAACAACAACACAACAUCGACAUCGCAACCAACAACAUGACCGCCGCCACCUCCCUCGUCGCGCACACAAAAGCGUUCCUCAACACGCUGCACCAUAGAUCCAAGGCUUACAACUACACCUCGAUGGACCGCGAAGCGGCCAACUCCAAUGCGGCCCCUAGACAUCUGGAGCCUGUCACUCAAAUGCCAGAAUCUCUUCAAUACCGACCGCCAGACUCUCCGCCUCCACCUGAAGACAGUGAAGAGUCGUCCCCAGAAUGUGACUUGUGCACCUCGGUAUGGGCAGCGAAGCAAUUCCCAAACCUGUGGUGCGCAAGCGUACUGGCAGACUGCGGACACGCGUUUUGCACCAUGUGCACGAUCAGAGUCCUCGCUCGACACACAUACUGUCCCAUCUGUGACACCACUAUCCCUUACUAUAAGCAAGCAUAUCUCAGGGAGCAACAGACCGACUUCGCCGCCGAACACGCCCUCGAAACAGUCCACAACGACGACGACCAUCUGGCCCUAUACGGCCUUCUCGCGAACUACGACAUGAAGUCGGACGAGAUUCGCCAAGCCGCAGAACGCGUCGCUCGCUUCCUCAAAGCGGAGCGCCUCCUGCCAAAUGGGUCAGAGAAAGCUCUCAUCGACAUGCCUCUCCUGGGACCCGAGAUCGUCGCGUUCGCCAACAUGUCGGUGGCAUUCCGAGCUGCCUGCGGCAACGACUUCACUGCGCAGGAGCGCGAGCAAUGGGUCGACGUCACCGUCGCUCUGUACCACUACCUGGAGCGACAGAGAGAACUUGGACAGGAAGUCAAUGCCAAGGCUCUUCUGGAGGUUCUGGAAAAUAAUAUCGACAGUAGCCUGAGGGAGGAGAUCGAGUAUGAGGUUGCCAGAAGCUUGGAUGCGCUCUUUGCGUAUAUGGUCCAUGUGUGCCAGGAGGCGUGGAUUGAGUGGCAAAAAUUGGAAUCGAGGCGCGGGAGAAGGGUACUUCGACGGCGAUCGAAGUCGAAGUUGGGGAAGUAGGCCCUCAGCGGGCGUCUCCACUUUGGUAGGAUGCGAGUUGGUACCACAAGUUGGCAGCUGGCUGUGUCUUGGUCAUACAAGGUAAGUUCUUCAAAUUCAAUCGCGACCAUGUCUCCCUCCUCUAACUGACGAUGCAGGUUCGAAGCGUUCUUCUCCCCCAUCUUGGGCUCUGGAUGUGAAACAACAAAGGGCUUCUCAUAAAAACGGCCUUGUUGUCACUCUUAGGCUUAGUCGCGCUACAAUGGCUUUGUUUUAUCGAAGUCACCGCGAUGCGAAUGCGUUGUUGAAGCACUGCUCAAUGUAUACACGCUCUUCACAACGCCUUGUAUACCUAUCAAAUUAGACUUACAAUAAGGCAUCGUCAAUUUCUGAUGAUAAAUUCCCAUACUUAUCAGCUCUAGAUAUGGAAAAUCUUCGCACCAGUCGUGCCAAGCAGACAAGCUUGGCGCGCGUGAACUUUAUGUCUGUGCACCAGACCUUAGCCAUUGGGCCGAGAAGAAUGGAAAGAGCCAACAAAAGACUUCGCUGGCAGUUUUCGGAGCGAUGACCGGUGGCACGCGUUACUACGAAUGACCUGCGAGCAAACGGGGCAAGCCGACGGAUGCGGAUGCCAGAGGCAUCUCGCGGUUCGACGCUCUCAUUACUCGAAACUUUUGCUCGAGACUACUCUCGGGCCUUUGCCUCUUCUUCCAUAUUCCCCGAGCAAGGAACGCUCCGCGAGUUUCAGCAUCACAAUGUUUAACAGCAUCGACGAGUUACUGGCGCAUGGUGUCGAGCACUGCACACAGCAGAUGGACAACCAAGACUGCGGGAUAUGUCUCGACCCUUUCACGCAGCCGGUGAAAAUCAUUGCUUGCGUAUGUAUCGCUCUCCUCUUUCCAACGUCAAAUGCUCCUGGCUAACCCGACCCAGGGACACAUACUCGACCGCGUCUGCCUUCAAACGUGGCUGCGCACUCGCACCAGCACCAUCAACGGCUCCUGUCCCGUUUGUCGACGCGUUCUCAUCCGCCCCCUGACCUCCGACGAGGAAACUUCACAGCUGCGAGAACUCCUCACAAACGACUCGUUCGAAUGGCGAACGUUCGGACUCGACACGACCGAUCGCAUCCAGCUGGUAGACGCUCCCUCCCUGCACGGAAACCUCUUCACCACGGUUCUGGAAGCCGGCGAAGCCACCGUACGAAUCGAACCUAGUAAAGCCGUGACGGCUCUGAUCAUGUUCGGCAACGGUCUGAUUCUCAAAGCGUUCACCCAAGGCUUUCCGUUGACUCCGGAGCAAUUGCAACAGCUCGAGGCGGAAAUCCAGGCGGCGUAUAGGUAUUGCGAAGAGCAUGAUGGAGAGGAGAGGAGGGUGGUGGAUCUGCCCAUCAGCAUGGUUCAUGAGGUGAUGGUAAGGAUGGUUGAGAGCGGAAGUGAGAUCGAUCCGGAUAUGUUCGACGAUGGCAUGAUGGACGGCAAUCACCCUGGAUUUCGACUUGUUAAGCUAUGCUUCAGUGUCACUUGGGCGAUAUGGCUAUGCAGUGCAGAUGGUGAUUUGGAGGCUAGGGGCAACUAACGAUGGCGCACUGGACACGCGUUGGAUAUCCUCGCUUCUGCCUCUCAAAUCCUAUACUCGGUCAUGCGAACAGCAAGCAGUUUUGUGCCCUGCCCAUUAGAGUCCAAGCCAAAGUUCCACUGCAGCAUGUAGCGACUCCGUCGCUUGAUCACUCGACAUCGAUGCGAUUCUACAUCUCUCCCUCCCAUUUCAAUAUCCCCACCCUUCCGUAGCCUUCCUCAUGAUCGACCUCUUCCAUGCUGUCGAACUUGCGCUUACUGCCUGACCUACUCCAUAGCAGCUUCUGCUCUCCCAAAGGACCCUUGAGGGCGAAAGAAGGCUUCGAUCUCCGGCCCAAGUCUAGGACAUCCUCAACGAGGGCGCGCGGAUCUGUGGAUCCUCGUUUGAACUUCUGGAGCAGCUCCGUGAGGGCGAUUCCCUCGUCCAGGAUAGCAGUCCUUAUUUGUCUGUCCCACUUGCUAUAUUCUCUCAAAACAACACGAUCGACAGCUUCUGAGAUGUUGGUCUGUGAAGAGAUCAAUUUGGCGCCUGUGCGGGUAUUUCCAUAGAGCAUGAGUCGUAGCGACGAUGUCAGAGACCGAAGCUCGAUACCCUCGGGUGGAACGACGCUACGGAUUGACUUGGCAGUCAGACGGCCUGACUUCCUCUGAAAUGCUGGGAAAGUGUAACCUUUUCCCUCUCUGUUAGGCUGCUUCCAUGCGUUGCUGUCCUCAAUUGCCAUCUGGAAUGUCUUGCGGAGUAUCUUUCCCGUCUUGAUGGGAAAGACCAUGUUGAUGUGUGAUAGUAGUUCUCCAAAGCUAAAACCAUGUGGACUCUGCGAGUACAAGGUGGUGCGGUAGUACCACGUGCGACGGUUAGCGUCUUCCCACGGCGACGACCGUCCGAGCCGCACGACAUUGACAGGCGGCUGGCAUAGGAGCAUACGCUUCCAAGAAGCUUCUCUGUACGGACUCGCCUGCUGGUUGAUGCCCUUGGAGUCCGGCCGGAGUAUUGGCGCCCGCAAAUUGCUAUGGGCUUCGCCUAAGCUCAGCAGGAACGGAUUGGCGACACGUUCCUCUAGAUCCGCGCUGAAGUCUGGGCGGAAGAAGAGCUUUUCCUGAAGUGUUGGCGAGUCGGCGGUGAUAUCUCGCCACUGGCGACAGACCCUCGGGGCGCGGAGGAGUAAGUCGUGGAGAGGCAAAAGCAGGAAGAUCUGUUCACAGAGCUCUGGGACCUGGAAUACCCGGGCAGAGGCGCAUCUCUUCUCCGUGGGCAUAUCGAAGUCGUGCUCGCAGUCGAAGUGAAAGCUCUCCAGCGCUUGACAGAGCGCGAGCUCCUCCGCGAAAUUCAUGCCGAGUUGCCCGCGUCUGUUGCGCGCGUCCUCGAGUCCUCUGGAUCUUUUCUAGCCUGGUUGGUGUUAAGGUCAGCGAGUAGAGGAGGAUACUGCAGUGGAGGUUUGAAGAGUGAUCGUAGGAGAAGUUGGGUGCUUAAGUAGGAGACGGCCUCAAGCGGCGUGAGUGACGAGUUAAGCUUUUUUAGCGUGAAUUUUAACACGCGCGAGCAUGUGACUGUCACUUCUGUAGAUGCUUCACUCGAGCUCAUAAUGCAAGUCAGAAAUCGCAUAGAUUUUCGAGGAUGCGUGUAGUCGUGAAGCUAUAUCACGAGUAUCUCAUAGUUGAGCUAACUCAGCCAACCUGCAACACAGAAACCUGGAGGCCAUUUCAUAGGUCUUUGGUGUUGCCGGCUACGGAUGCCUGAAGAGUGAAUCUCCAACUUAUUUAGCGAAGGGCGGGCGAUGGGAGCGAACAGCCCCCCUGAGCCUCCCGUAGUGAUAUAUAUAAUUUGUAAGAAUGCUAAAAAGCGUCUCCCCUUGUGAAGCUCUAUAUAGUAGCCCUCGGGGAGCCCUCGGGAAGCCGCCAGAGACAAAGAAGUAUAUGGUAGCAGGUAGUAGGUAGGUAGGCUAGAUUUUAUAUCAAAGCGCACGCGUUGAUCAGUCUAAAAUUAACAUCCAAAUUCAUAAUCAGCUAGGCAUUUCCGCAAACAUUAAUACAUACAAACGGUGAUUAGCUGGCCGUUUCCGCAAACAUUAACACACACAAAAGGUAGGUAGGCAAAUUAGGUCCUUCGACGUGAUAUGUAUUAACGCUACGGGUGCCCUUCGCUCGAAUUUGAGAUAGUGAUCCACGAGCUCUCCACUGUACCCUUGCACUCCGUGUCCAAGGCAUCAGUGGCUCCCACGUCCUGACGUUUUGCUUCAAUGUCUCUGAGUCCCUAGAACGUAGCUGAUCUUUCAGCUCCCGCCUCGAUGCCUUCGCUCAUCUCUACUGCACACCAGACUGGUGCCACUGUCCAUCCUGGCACUCAAACCUAGCAGCCUCGACCUGCGGCCGAUUGUCGCUACCCUCGAUCGCCAUGGAAAAGGUGUCGUGCAGAAUGUCUGCAGUCGCAACUGGAGAUACUUAGCUUAAGCUCCUUACCAUCUCUUGAAUCGUGAACCCUCGCCCGUUCGUGGAGUCCGGGCAGGUCCUAUGAUAGUAAUUGCAGCCGAUAUGAGCCGUUCCAGGCGAAGUACGACCAAUCCGGAUGGUGUGGACCGGGGGCUGAGAGACGAACAUGCGGCGUCAAGGAGCAUCGGCGCGCUGUGAUGCUUCAGUGCGCCUGUCGAAGUCGUUGAGGCUCGAGAGAAAGAUAUGCUUCGACCAAGCUCAUGAGAACAGGGUUGACGCUGCGCUCCCCAUUGCUGAGAGAUGGAAGGAAGAACAGCUUCCGUUGAUGGGUCAGCGAGUCUUCAGAUAGGCUCCCUGGAGUGAAGAAGAGGUUGCGUUGAAGUUGCAAAGAUUCAGCGAUUGUCUCAUGCCAAGUCUUGGAGCGGUGACGAGUUGAUCGUUUCGUGGACUCUCGAGGAGGAUCGAUUCAAGUAGCUUGGUGAUAUCGAACGCGCUCGUCGUGGCUGUGUUGGUCUCUCCGAGGACGUCAACCGCUCAUCGUCGCCGGUCUGAGUGUCGGUGGGCCAAUGGCACAGGCUUUGGAUGAUUGUAGAGGUCAGCGAGCGAUACUGUAUUAAAGUCAGAAGAUGGCUAUAGUGUACCUGAAAGCCCAUGAUGUAUUGGAAACUGAUGCGGUGAUGAUGUGUAGAGGACAGUGAGAAGUCGCGAAAGUCGUGCAACGGUGCAACCAAGUGGUCGAGCUGCAAACUCGUCCAAAAAAGUGAAUUCCAUUUCAGUCAACUGUCACCCUUCUGUUCUUGUUAUGCACCCAUGCGAGGCCCUUCUAAUACAUCCAAGUACUAGCAUCUGUUCUCUCCCUCCCUCCACCAGUCUCCUGUCCGCUAAUCAGUGGCAGUAGACGCCAUGUCGGGUUCAACAGGCCGCUUUGAUCGAAUACGCUUUUUCUGUCACUUCAGUAUCAGAGACCAUCAUUUGUCCACGGGUCCAUUCGUAGCGAUCAUGAGCAUCUCUUCCGCAAUCUUCGCACAAGCCCAUUGCACUUUUGUAUGUUCGGUCUUCAGGAGCGUGGUCCAUAUUGAGCUGCCUGCUGUUGGUGAACACGCCAGGCCACGUUCUCUCCAGAUCGGUGAUGAAUAGUCGAUAUUGGUCAGCCGUCAGUGCAGCCUCGCCGGCAUCGAGUUUUACAGUAGCACCCGUCGAGGCAUCAGCGUCUGGGGGCGUAGUCUGCUGUGGAUGUUGUAGUAAAGAGGUAGGUUCGCAAUUUGGAACGGCAGGUGGUUGUCGGGAGUAAGUAUCUUCAACAAUAUUGGGACUCUGAUCCCACCGCCCCCUGAGGAGACGAUGGGCACGAGAAUGCCAGACGAUGCGCGCUCUCGGCAUCAGGGCUUCUGGGUGAUUAUGGGAUCUGGGAUCUGGUCAAGAUAUCCUGCCAACAGCUUCGUGAUGAAAGGCGAGAGAUUGGUCUGACUCGGGGCACUCUCCUAGAUGAACACAGACAUCUCGCUGCCAGACCAAUGCAAGCUUCUCCCUUGUGUAGCUCGCACGGCCUAGGUAUUCAUCAUCACAUGUUGAGCAUUACGUAAGUCCACGCUAUGGCUUCCUCGUGAGCGAAUUCGCCGCCCUAAACGCGACUUGACCAACAACAAACAAACACAGUGCAACCCGUAAAGAUGGCGGAAAACACCCCCGCCCCUGUCGACGCCGUCGAGCCGCCGAGUGCGGUAUCACGAGUCUUCGAAACCCCUGAUCUCCUCGAGAAGAUCAUGCUGAAGUUGCCGCUCCGCCCCUUGCUUCUGACAGCACCAUCGGUGAGCAAGGUCUGGCGCGAUCUUAUCAACAACUCAUCGCCACUGCAACAGGUGAGCCUCCGCUCCAACUCAGCAUUUUUCGUUUCGUCUCGUGCAGCUUGCUGACUUACUCCCAUCCAGGCCCUCUUCUUCCAGCCACUGCCAGCGUCCGACGGCGGCAAAGUUCUCGCCAACCCUUUCCUACCUUGGGCCUUCAACCCUUCGCACCGUCGCAACAACUACCUCCGGCUCCAACCCACUCUCAAGCCGCAGACGGACUCUUCUUCUUGCCAUCGAAUGCUGGUCUGUCAACCACCAAAAGAAACGGUGGUCGCGAACCCGGCCUUCGAGAGAAGAGCUCGGCCGCGGCGGUGCUCCUACACCGUCACCCUCACACUCGAAGGGGGCGUCACGGUGGGACAGGUGCGCCAGGAGAUGAUGGAGUGGCAAGAGCGAAGAGCUCCUCUGGCUGAGUUCAAGAUCCUCCCAGGAGGCUCAGACUGGGUGAAAGGGUCCAAACGCAAGACUGCUGCUGAAGAGGUUCUGGCGUUCGUCGAGAAAUACAAGGCCAAGGACAAGGACAUGGAUGAAUUUGGUGAUGCUGUGGAGAGCGAGACUACCUGUACGGACUCAGAAGGUGAUUAGCACUUGGCGGCUUGAUGGCAGGCUUACUAUUGACGACAUGAAGUCUGUCAGGGCUACAGGAACUAUUGGAAGACUCGCGUUCACGCAUGUUGUUCGGAAACGAUGAGAAACAUUUGGACGUGUGGAAGAUGGCUCUUUAGGGACAGAAAAGGGUAUAAAGCUGACCGUCUGCUAUGCAUCGAGCAUGAUUUCAUCUUCUUCAUGCUCUCCAACACCAUUCGUCAACAGACCACUCGGCCCGUUGGCGCCAGCAACAGCGUUCGCACCGCUGACAUCGUCCAUUUGUCCCAAAGCCCACAGGAGCACGUAGCGCUCCUCGCUCAUCUUCUCGAGUCGAGAGUAGUGACGAUCGGUAUACGCCUAGAAACACAAUUAGUAACAGUCACUGGUAACUUUGACAAAAACAAGUACGUACUUUCAAUGCGCCAACAACAUCUUUGAUGCUCUCCUUACUUUGAAUCUUCUCUUUCGUCGACAACUCUGCCACAGCCUCAGCUAACUCGCUAUCCAUAUCCACUGGAGCAGCCGCCGUCUUUCUUCGUCGGUUGAGGGACAAGAUCUUCUCUUUUGGGUAGAGGUGCAAGAGAGCGUAGAGAAUCCGCUGUGCAACGGGAUGGGUUCUUCCGUUUGCAUUCCAGUCUCGUAUCCUGCGGAAUAAGCUCCAGAGCUGGCUAUCACUCAGCGCUGCGAGCACUUCGUCGACUUCGCGUUUGCCGGUAUAGCUGUUCUCGUCUUGCGUAUCGCUUUCCACGACAGUCUUGAAUAACUCAAGCAAUCGUUUGGGAUGGUUGAGCUGGAGUGCGAGAACAAUUGCUUCACUGAAGUUGUUAGAGCGGAUGUGAUUUUGAAGUUCCUGGUCCUGUUCGAUGCGAGCUGUAGCCUGAGUCGUUGCAUGGAGUGCAGUAGUCGAGGUUGUGUCAGUCCAAAAAGUAAGCGUGCUGUCUGCUGAGCCAGAGACUAGUUCCAACUGGGAUGGUUCGGGUCGUUUAUCAACGUCCAUCUCUUCAUCCGCAGAGUCGGCAUUGUGUUUAUCGCCCUCUGAUGUUGUCGCCUCUGUCGGACGGACGGCUAGAGCCCAGACUCGGUCGAUGUGAUUGUCAAGGGUAGCAGCGCACUCACUGCUCUGCGCAUCCCAGACCUUCACCAACCCGUCACCAGCAGCACUGGCAACCUGAAUGCCUCUCUUGCUUCGGUCUUCCUUCACAGGAGCUGGCAACCACACGACCUUGAGCACGCUGUUGGCGUGACCUUCAAACGUUCGGAGACAGCUGUAGUCUGUCAAGUUCCAAAUCUUGACUGUCUUGUCUCCGCUUCCAGUCACCACCAUACCUCUGGCAGUGCUCGCUGCACCACCUUCGCCGGUUGUCGUGAGAGCAGGCAUAUCAGGCGAAGAGAAGGCAAUAGUCCAGACACCCCGCUUGUGCCCUCUCAAUACACCGAUGGCCUCGCCCGAUUCAACAUCCCAAAUCUUUACCGUCCGAUCUUGGGAAGCAGAAGCGAACAGCGACGAAGAUGUGGAGUACGAUGUCUCGAUGGCAUUGAUGUCCUUGUCAUGGGCUUUUCGUGUGUAUGCCGCUCGUGGGACCUUGCCGGGCUGUGCUGCAAUAUCCCAUCGUUUAAUCGUCUUGUCUUGACUACCAGUGAUCAUGAACUUGGGAGGGUGGUCUAGCGGCUUCUUGUAUUCUUUGGAUCCACGUUGAGGUAUUGCGUUCGGCAAUGAUACAGCACCGACGCUCUCCGCAUGCCCUUUCAAGGUGGCAUAGCAAGUGUACGAGUCGUUCCCAGGAUCUAGUCUCCACAGCUUUGCGGUGUUGUCCUUGGCGCCUGUUGCCAGCCAAUGUCCUGACCAGUCUGUGUCAAUCGUGAUGAUAAUGUCGUCGUGUCCUUUCAAAAGUGCCACAUCAGCGCCAAAGUAUGGUGAUGUUGCUUUUGAUGAGUCUGGAGAGUCAAGUGAGAUGAUGCGGAGGUCCUCGAGAUUUGUCGCCAAGGCAAGAAGGUUGUGUUCGCGGCCGACGUACGCGAGAUCAAUCACUUCAUCAUGAGUACCGCUUAUCCUUCGAAGCACCGGUAAAGACGGUAUUUGUGAUGUUUUGGUGGACGUUUCGGAAAGAUGCUGUAAGGAGCGCAGUACGAGGGUCUGGUCGGCGUGGACAGUUAAGAGAAAUGGCAGUGUACGAUGAUGCUGUACAUCCACAAUGGCCUCGAUCUCCGCGCCUUUCUCCUGAUCUUUGGUAACUUCGGUCCCAUCUGCGGUACUCCAGAUCCGUAGCCUUGCUGUCUCGCCGCCUGUGUAGAACAAUCGACCGUUCUCCAGGAAGCCAGCACUCUCAACAGCCUCUAACACGGCAACGGUAGAUGUGGCCUGCCAUGUUCGCGAAUCCCAGACAAUCGCUGUCUGAUCCCUGCUUGCAGAUAGUAGCAGUUUCUGUUCUGCAGAGUAAUCCAGACUUCUGACAACCGAUACAUGCGAAUCGAGUGUUGCGACACUUCUACUCUUAUGUAGAUUCCAAAUUCUGACUUUUCCAUCCUCGCCACCAGAUGCUAGUCUGUAGCCUGCAGUCGCGUCGUCUUGAACUGGCUCCGCCUCUUCAUUUCGCCGUGUAUUAUUCCUCUUCUUCUUGCUCUUCAACGGCUGAUGCUCCAACUCUGAAUCGACCUGAAAGAAGUGCAAAGCCGAGAUGACGCCGCUGUGGCCAUGGAACGUAUGCGUAGUGUACCCUCCUUGCAAGUCCCAGACCUUGACCUCUCCGUCUGCGCCUCCGGUAGCUAGUAAAGGGCUGGUCGAGUCGAAGACAAGGACUACAACAGGCGUAUUGUGUGGUUUUAGUGUUCGCACUAGCUUCGUGUUUAUCUCUUCGCCAGGUUCAGCAUGUUGAAGUGCAUAUAUGCGCAUAGACUGGGACCGGGAACAGAGUACCAGAUAGGCAGAAUCAGGGGAUAUGCCGAGCGUUGUAAGAGGUUCGCCGUCCUAAUAACUUGGUCAACUGUCAGUCCCAGAGUCUAUCUCAGAGUGUGACAAUGCUUACGCCUUCUAUGCGUGCCAGAUGGGCUCCAGUCUCGAGAUCUGUGAGCAGGGCUUCUUCGCCGAGCUGUGAUGCGAGAAUGCGCCCAUCUUGACUGAGUGAGACACUGCCACCAGUGUAUAUUGGCUGGAUGACACGACUCGGCUCGAACGUAGUCUUGACAUCCGCCUUGAACGCCAUCUCCCUGCAAUUUCUAGACGGCUAGUAUCUUGCCAUUGCGACCCAACAAAAGCCGAAUUCAGGUCUGUCGCAAAUCUGCAAUUCGAAGACGCAGCGCCCAGGAAACGUAAGACCGGGUCGCAAUGUCGAUAUGCACCUUUCCAGAGCAAUAUCGGGUCGAAAUACAGUAUUGUACAACAAUGUCGAGAGGAUCAAGUGAAGAUGAAGCUCACAUGCAGAAAAAUAUCCUCGGCAAACCUUCCUAGCUUGGCCACCGCGCGCCUCCAGCUCCGCGUCGUCACUCCCGCUGCCUGAGAGCUCCGACUUGAGCUCCACCGAAACAUAACUCCCAAACAACUUUCCAACAGCAACACUCGACAAAGCGCAAUCAUGUGAGUAUCUACUAAUAUCGACUUGACGCCGACAAUACUGAUGGAUGAGCCAGGGAGGUAUUACUGGGAAUCACGGGCAAGGACUUCACCAUCAUCGCCGCGUCCAAAGCGGCCAUGCGAGGCGCAACCAUUCUCAAGGCCAGCGACGACAAGACACGUCCGCUCAGCAGAAAUACCCUCAUGGCUUUCAGCGGAGAGGCUGGAGAUACCAGUGAGUCUUAAUCAGAUCCCGAUGAAGGAGCUCACGUGCUCAACAUUCAUAGUCCAAUUCGCCGAGUACAUCCAGGCCAACAUCCAGCUCUACUCCAUGCGCAACUCAACGGACCUCACACCCUACGAGACCGCGUCCUUCGUCCGCAGCGAGCUCGCCAAGUCCCUCCGUUCCCGAUCGCCAUACAACGUGAAUCUGCUCCUGGGCGGCUACGACACCCUUAAGGACCAGCCACAGCUCUACUGGAUCGACUACCUCGCGUCGUGCGCGCCCGUACCCUACGCCGCUCACGGAUAUGCUCAAUACUACUGCCUGAGUACGCUCGACAAGCACCAUCAUCCGGACAUCAGCUUCGAGCAGGGAAUGAAGAUCCUCCGGAUGUGUACAGAUGAGCUGAAGAGACGGUUGCCGAUUGAUUUCAAGGGCGUGCUUGUGAAGGUCAUCACGAAGGAUGGGAUACGAGAAGAGCCAUAUGAUGAUUCGGCGCAGGUGAUGGCUCCAUAAAGCGUCUCUCAUCGACACGAGAUAGAUGGGACGAGCGGGAGGCGUUCUGCGGCGUUUGAAUAUGCAUAUGCAGCUGAGAUGCUGUAGUAGCCCGGUAAGGAGGACGACAGGCAUGUACCAUACAAAUGAAGAAUGUGAAAUUGACCCACGGGUGUCUACGCUGAACAGUCGAACUGAGCAAAGAACACAAGUCAGCUGUUCACUUCUGUCUGUGCUGAACACUCGAUCACCUGCUUCUUUGACGAGUGGUAUUUUCUUGGGACGUCACUGGCAUGAAAGAUGUUUCGCCGAAGAUCUGAACAGUCUGGAGGAUGUAAGGGUGGAUGUUAGGAGUGAUGAGGUGAGGAGAUGUAGGAGCCGCACAGCCAUCAUCUGGUUCAUCAGGGAUAGUGAAUUCGGUGCGUGAAGACACCGAAGCUAGAAGUGCAUCGAAGCUGGGAGCGCCAAUUCAAAGAUGCUCCAGAGCAUGCUCUGGGAACGCGGAUUCGCUGCCGCAGGAUACUACAUCUACUGAAAAGGACACGGCGAUGGCUGGAAUGAUGGGAAUUGCAAAUUCACUCCCCUGUCUCGAGGAGAAGGUCGAUAGUCCAUCGCGAAGUUGUAGACAUUCCGGCGCAGGAAAUACAGGCCUUGGGCUUAUCUCGCCUCAGAGAAGCACUAGAGAGCUGCUCAUGUGCGUCGUCGAGAUUGAAAAUGAUCGAAAACUGCCCAACUCCACUGGACGGGGAGUCGGUAGGUGCAAAACCGGGCAUCCGAUUUCAGAAGUCGGCGGUGAGCCAUACCGGUUUGACCUGAAGAGGCGCGAGACGAUGGCGCUGAGCACCCUCGUAGCUGCACACUAUAUGCAAGGGCUUUGCUGUGGUGACCCCAAGCAUAGCCGGUAGUGGAUGCGCCAGACGGCCCCAGUGCAGUCAUUGGACCAGGCGAGAUUCACAGAGAGUUACACCAAAUGCUUGGGAAAUCGGCUUAAUAAAACACUGCUUUUCAUUGCUCGUGUGGUCUGUUGUCUAUGCCAAACCUUUCUCGUAAGCUCCAUGCCUGCCCGCCGUUGAUCGACCAGCCCUCGGAGAAUAUGCUCUCACAAACAAGAAGCACACACCAACGAUGCAGACAAUCGCAAACAACUUGGUGGUCCAGCUCAAGCCAGCCGACUUUGGCAGAGACGCGUUCGGCGUCGAGGCAGCUGCUUGGCCAAGACCCUUAAGAGCCUCCUUGCCCAGCGUCUCUCCGGUUGUGCUUUCACUACCGAAUGUUUCGUCCUCUCCAAGCGGCGCGGCGGGCUCCGCGGUCCCAGCGUAACCUGUAUUCCAAGAAGGGCCAACGGUCAGCAUGUCCUCUCCGAAACACCAGCACGUUUUGGUUGCUGUUGUGUCACCAAUACGUACUGGCCUAGAGUUCCGCUCGCAAACCUUCUUCAGGGACCUCGAGCUCUCCACUCUUGACAAUUGUGACCUUCUGGGUGGGCUUGUCGCUGGCGCCCUUGGGAACGUUCUGGAUCUUGUCGACGAUAUCGUAGCCCUCGAGGAUUUCGCCGAAAACGACGUGGCGAUCGUCAAGCCAGGCAGUAAUGACGGUGGUGAUGAAGAACUGGGAGCCGUUCGUAUCCUUGCCGGAGUUUGCCAUGCCUUGAGGUAUUCAUCAGUAUUUGACGAGGGUGAAUGCUGGGACCUUCAUCUUACUGAGCAGGCCCUUCUUGCUGUGCUUCAGCUUGAAGUUCUCGUCGGGAAACUUCUCGCCAUAGAUGCUCUUGCCGCCAGUGCCAUCACCCUUGGUAAAGUCACCGCCCUGGAUCAUGAAGUCCUAUAUCCAAAUGCACAUAUCAGCCAUUGCAUCCCGAUAUACAUUCUCCAAGCUUAUAAGACCCACCUUGAUGACGCGGUGGAAAGAGCUGCCCUCAUAUCCAAAUCCCUUUUCGCCAGUUGCCAGAGCGCGGAAGUUCUCAGCAGUCUGUCAAUGUCGUGUCGUGUCAACACUGUCCCUUUCUGCCAAGACUUCUCGCGAUGCGUAUACCUUUGGCACGGUCUUUCCAUAUAGUCCAAUGACAAUCCUUCCCAUGUCCUCAUCGCCAUGCUUGAUAUCGAAGUAGACCUUGUGGGUGAUCUUGGGGCCCUUUGUUGCCUCGGCGGUCUGGGCGAGGAAGACGAAGACGAAGGUGAGGAUGAGAAGGCAGCUGAUGGCCAACUUAUGGAAUGACUGCAUCUUGAGAAGCAGAGUCUUCGUAUCUCGUAGACUGGGUGGAGGUGUUGUUGUGAGAGUCGAGAAGACAGGUGUAGUAUUCGUUUCGUGAUUGGAGCUGCAGUUACUCCCUCCUGCCGCUAGAUCGCUCUCAGGGUCCGCAAUCCGGUCCGUGCGCAUGGAUGAUGGACUUCACUUGGGCAUUUCUCAGCUCCAUCCCCACAAGCACCUCCAUACGCUCUUUUGCACCACCGCAAAAAUGGUAUGAGAUAUUACAUGUUAGUUCCAGCUCAGUACUGAUGACAUCCAGGUUUUCAUCUUCGGCUCCAACUUCGAAGGAACCUUCCUCGUCACCCGCGCCUUGCAAUCCUUCUACGGCAUCGGUCCCCAAUCCUGCUCCAAGCUCAUGGCCAAGUUCCACAUCCACAAAACGAUGCGAGUAGGACAGCUAGGCGAGAGAAAAGAGAACGAUCUGUCAGCAGAGCUGAGUGGGAUGGUGUUGGAGAACGACUUGAAGAGACAACUGCAGGACAACAUCAAGAGGUUGAGGGAUAUGGGAACAUACAGAGGCAGGAGACACGCGAUGAGUCUGCCUGUGAGAGGACAACGGACGAGAACUCAGGUGAGCGGAUCGACGACGUGGCUUCUUGAUUAUAGGAAUUUGCUAAUGAGUUUGAUGUAGAUCAUGACCGCGCGGAAACUGAAUCGCGUGGAGAGGAGAGCUUGAGUUCUCACACCUUCUCACAACUUGGGGGAAUUAAUGCAUAGCGAUGGCGUUCGAAUGAAAUUAAGCACCCGCACGAGAGCUUGAGAGAUACCAAUGUAUGACCACACAGGCGAUGCAAUGACUACGAAGUCAUCUCGACUCAUUCUUGCCAACACGCUUCACCUUUGCAUCCCGCAUCCUCUUGAACACCACCUCCGGCAGUGAAGGCGGAACAUCCUCUGCUCUCAGUAUUUCUUGCGCCCUGCCCUUUGCAAUCCAGCACUCACGGCGUGCCUCGGUGUAUCAAGCGAGCCGAGUCUGUCAAAAAGGAUGACCGCCACCAUCCACUUCUCAUCGUCCUGCUCACUUCCUGGUACAACCAUCUCGUCAAUAACCGUAUCAUCUGGCUCACAGACAUCACGAAUCCGCCUCAUCUCCGCGUUAGGCGUGCGUGAAGAAGUGCUGUCCGUGCUCGUUGUUGGGCAGGAAGGUCUUCUCGGACCACAGCCAUGGCCCGUCGCUUCCUCCUUGAGAAAGAACCGGUAGAGCGUUUUGCGUUUGGAGAGGAUGAAAACCUGGCUUGUGAUUUCGGUCGUUUUGGCACGGGAUAGUGCAAGGCGCGCUCCGCAAUGCUUCUCCGCUACGGUUUCACGAUUGCGACCGAGUAAGGUAGUUCCGUGGGAGGUAGGUCAAGUGUCAGGGUCCACUCUCUAAAGCUUUAUAAGCAUUGUUUAAGCAGUGCUUUCAUUCAAGACCCUUUAUUCCAGAACCGCCCUCGUGGCCAAGUGGUUAACGCGCUUAACUACAAAAUUGCCCUGGUCGGAGCGAGCUCUAGAUCAGUCCUCGUGGCAUAAACAGGAAAGCCUGGUGUGGCCUUAAUCCGAUUGGAUGUAACUUUUUUUAUUUCCCGUCAGUUUACCUAUAGUAGCGCUGUAUUUUUUUAGCCAAGUUAAAGCUGGGUGCUAAAAUUGAAAGCCAGUGAUUUUGGAAACAGAGCCAGUGCAAGCUUGAUGGGGAAACUUUCACCCAUAGCUGAGCGUUUGAGCGGGUCUCAGAGAAAAUGAUUGCUUGGAGAUACUUCCAGGAGGUUUGUUGCAGCGGUGGAACAUCUGCUCCGGAAAGAAUCGAGAAGAGAAGGCGGCGAUUCUGGACUGGAAACUUCCGAUCAACACUGACAUUUCUCCCAUCGAAAGGGCCAGCCUGGCUCAGCUUCUGCCAAUCCCAUCCUACCAACACAUCUCCACGCCACCUUCGAGGACUCUGCCGCUGAGCAUUCUGCGAACUUGCAUCGCGCGCAGCUUCCUUCGAGAAUCCUACAAUUGAGCCUCCGGUACACCUCGAACGCAAGCAGCUUCUAGCCAAUAUUGGCACACCGUCGCAUCGAAAUCAAGACCUCUCUCUUCUUUACCCUCAGCGCCGUUCUGCUCAUUCCGCAUUCCGCUCUCCCGCUUCUCCUCCAUCUGGAUCUGCGCAGCUUUCAGCCUCCAGAUCACCAUGAGCCAUACACAAUCGACCCAAGAAGAGCUGACAACGGGAGUUCUCGGAUUCAACGUCGGAAUGCUUGGGGAUGACGUGGAUGAUGUCCUCGCUUUGUAGAAUGUAUACUGGGAGUGCGAUGCCAUUGUGGUUCUUGACGUCGCCUGCCUAAAGGGCGGCAAGGAAAUCUUAGCUAUGGUCUUGAGCACGAAAUGUCUUUGCCCUCAAGGCUCACUGUUCGCAACACUUUGCAGUCAAGUCCACCAGCUCCUAGCUUGAGAACCCGAGCAGGGUAGGAUGUCAACCGCAAUACACAACGUUGAGAUCAGACAAGCGGUAUGCAGUUCCACCAAGUCGAAUCACUAUCAUUGCCGUGAACCUAUAUAUUACUGCUAGCAAAUGGGUAUUAAACAUCAUCAAAACCAUCUCAAGAUAAAUUUCUCACGCCAAACUGGUAUACAACACCUCCAUCUCUUCAUCAUCAAUCAACAAAGCGUGGCCUCGUUACUGAUUAACAUAACUUGCCGGUGGCGUAGUCGACUGAAGCUCAGACGGUAGCAUGCGCCCCAUCAGUAGCAGCCGCAUGGCCAUUCGUGGCACCGGUAGUGGCAGCAGUGUCCGUGUCGAGAACACCAUCGGGGCCACGAGGUUUCUCGCCAGCGGCAGUCUUGUUGUAGGUACCAGGUCCGCUGAGAUAGCGUGGUUCUUCGUCGUACUCGCGAAGUCGGAGUCCAACUCGCGCCGGAUCGAUAUUCCAGUGUCCGAGUAUCAGUGCGAUGGAGAAGAAGGGUUUGGCGCAGAGAUCCAGGACUCCGUAGAAUACCGCUUCUGAGUCUGUAGGAUAUCAGUAUUCGCGGACUAAGCCUGUGUGGACUGAGAGGUGGAGCUUACCUGGCGGAAUCACAUUUCCACCUUCCGAAACACCCCAAGCGACUGGAUAUAGCAGCCAGAUGAAGAGAGUCCAGACUCCACAGACGAGGUAAACACGGGAUACGUCAGAGCCCAAGAUCUGAGCACGCUUGCGGCCUUCCCACGCGAUGUUCCAGAAAAUAUAAAACAUGGCGACGCAGCCGAAGGUAUAGAAUCCUUCCCAUUUUGUAAGCAUCGCAGAGGGAUCGAAGAUUGCAUGGAUAUAACUUACCCCACUUGUAUCGAGUGCUGACAAGAGCUCCAACCAAGCCUGUCACAAUCAUCACCCAGUCGAGGAAAAUCGUCCAGAUGAUUGUCGGCCAAGGUACGCCGGCGGUGAGGAGCAAGUCGCUGAUGAGAAGAGGGGUGGUGAUGAACCUGUUUGCGAGUUAGAUAUCUUACGCGCAUGACCGUACACUGCAAGGUUGGAGACUCACCAAUCGAUGUAACGAGCAUAGAAGAUCUCGCGGUUGCCCCCUGCGACUUUGGCGUCGCUCCGCUGGAACUCAACAUCGAUUGGAGUCCAACCGAGGUUCGAUCCCAUCGUAAAGUAGGCGACAGCGGCAGUCAGGUUGAUGGCGGCAGUGAUGUAGAAGAAGACCCGGUCUGUCUUGGGCUUGAGGUUGGCGGCACAAGCCACAGCCAGACCGACGAAUGCCAUCACACCGCACACGCCGAAGUAGAAGUCAGAGCCUCUCGCGGUGAUGGCGAUGUCCACGGUCUUGCCAUUGACAAUGUUUCCGUUGACAUCGAUGGCACUGCGCUUGAAUAAUUCCGCCAUCUUGAAAGCGUCGACGAAGAAUCACCAAAAGUUGACGAGUACCAGACGUCGCGACUGAAGCUUGAGAGAAUUGCGAACGAACUCGUCCUCAGGACUCCGGGCGACAUUUGUAGGCUUACCUGCGCUGGUAGCAUCUUCCUCCGCAACUGGUGGUCAAGGUGACCUCAGUCCUUGGAUACCCCGGCCACGAUGGAAAGCUCUGGUUCGACUCCUCAACUUGGCUCGCUGAAGCACGCGUAAGGAUUAUUGCAGAUGUCAGAAGACAUGAUGAAAACCAUCCAUGUCAUUCAAGUGAUCAAGUCGCUCGGCCCAAAGACCGAUGAGCUGAUGAUUGGUUUGCGGAGUGGAGACUACGUCCUUGAACGUGGAUCGCGACAUGGGUCCGGCGACAUGGCGGCAAGACUCGCGCGGAACCUCGCUGCUGAUGAUUAUGAAUCUCCCCAUGCAUGCGAAGAAGCGUCAAUGUGGAAUGGUUUGAUUUCGGAAAGAGAGCGGAAGAGGAUACAGCAUGCAAGAGCCUGCCGAAGCAACUUGGAAUGCUUAACGCUUGUGGCAGCUAUGGUGGAGAUGCCAUGGGUGCAUCCGGUAUGGGGAGGCAGCGACGUCGCUGUGACAUAUUGCAGACCGACUUUGUGUAAUGAUGCAUUUGAGUUUGAUGAGAGAAUCCGAGAAGUAUCCAGAUCGCUCAGGUGAUCAAACGUGACAUCACUGCAGCUAGGGCCUGGGAUGGCACGGUGCAGCACUGAAGGGUACCAAGUCGUCCACGCACAAUGAGAUGGCCGUGAGCGAUUGCUUCAAUCACGUUGCUGUCCGUUCAUUCCAUUGGAUGAAUUUGAUAUGCGUGUGGAGUGGAUAAAGGAGCGCUGCGGCUUCACUCGAGCAGGUCCGGAUCGUCCGGAAGGCAUCGGAAGAGGACGUCGUUUCUUGGGAUUUCCAAAGGUCGUACGACGUGUCGGUUUGAAGUUCGUACUGUAGGCGGACCACACCAGCCGGAUUGAGAGGAGUCGUGGAAGCGUCGGCAAGGGAAGAUGGAGGCAUCGAUCGUGAAAAGAGCAGGUGAUGUCCGAGGAAAGUUUCGGGGACAGCGUCGACCCGGAUGGCACCACAAGACCACAAGACGGAAUGCGGACCGCUUCGGCUCUGGCGUGAGCUUCUGUGCUUUGGUCUCUCUUACUGUGACUUCACCUUCAGUCUCUGACAUGUACAUCAACAUCCGAUCCAGCACCUGACCAGGCGGUCUCGCAGUUGCAGUCAUACAACCUACCGCCUCGAGUGACCAUAGCGAGGCAUUCCAAACUGUUUGAUUGCGGACAAGGAUGAAGAUAAUCGCAAAGAUACCCGGCCGAACCGGUGAGGGGUCGCUCUCCGUCUUGGAAGUAUCUAUCGAAAUGCAUGGGUGUCGAAUCGCUAAGACAAAUAGGGCUGUCUAUGAUUCAAUACCGAGAGAGGCCGGGGGAUGUCGAUUCCAGUGCUUUUCAAAUUGUGAAUCUCGUCACAGUUGGGUCUCCAAGGACUUCCAACGCCCCCUCUUAGCAUUUCGGCAGCACGGAAGACCAUAGAACAGAUGUGAGCAUGACCAUUCAACACCAGAUUCUCCAUCUUGACGGAUAAUGCAGACACAAGAAGCCCGCACGGCGCCAUAGCCGCAAGAGAUGCUCGCAUCGUCCAGAAUGGGCCCUUAUCUUCAUCUUGCGUGCCAAGGGGAGCCUGGUCAGAACGCUUUUCCAAAUUACUUAGACGGUACCAACUUCCCACUUUUCAAAAGCAGCCUUAACUCUCGUCUCAUGGCGCACAGGUUGCUUGACCAGACCGAUUCUACGUAGCGUUCAAUCGUUGUCUUGACUGGUCGAAUUGCCAAGGCAGCAGAAUCGUUCCAGUCAUCUUUGAGCGGUAUGUGCAGCACGUCUUGCCUCUAUUGGGUAGAGUCCUCGUCAUCCGGGAAGAGACGCCCAACGGACGAGUCGUCUUUCAGAUGCAGAUUUGCUGUGUAGUGCAGAUCAAGUGGCUCAUCGGAUCGUAAGUCGCCCACGCCAUCUUAUUCCGUAGCGUGAGUUGCAUUUUCGACUUCGCCAAAUUGACCAACCUUAGGCUAUGUCAGGUCUAUUACUUCGCAUGCAACGUGCGUCCAGGGGGUUCACGCAGCGGUAAUGCAGCUCCAUGUCUGCUCGCCCAGAUCUAGCUCGGAAGCUUCGAAUUAUCGAUGUUCGGGUUAAAUUCCUUGCUUGGUAUUUGAGGAUGAGCAUUCGCUUGCGAUUACGUGAGGUGCCGUCGGGUGUACUCUUCCACGAUUCUGCGCCAUCGCCAGUACUUUCCUCGCUCGCCAAGGUCUUCUCUCAAAAUUCCCAAUCGGCUGUUCAGGUCAAGGGCAGUCUUGAAGUUCUAAGAUCGCAUGCCGUCGCUCGAGACAUCAUGACAUACCCGUCUUGGCGGAGAGUUACUGUCGCGCAUCUCCAGUAGAUUUGCUGUGCUCCGAAGUUCACGAUCCGAGGAGACAGCAGUCGUUGUUGAUACAUCCAACCUCGCUGAUCAAGCGGAGACUGACGGAGGCUGCCGUAUUGGAACUUCGGAUCUCGAACAUUCAUGGAGCCAUUGGAACUGUCGCCUGACAGCUUGUAGUUCAAUCGGCAAGCUGCAAGGGCUUCUGUUCUUGGUAUGAAACGAUCCGACAGUGGAAUCCACGGCGCCUCGAGCUGCGAUAUUCAAGCAAGUGUUAGCAUACAUGUCGCUCAUCUUCGGUGUCUGAUCUUCUCAGUCAGUCUUGGAGCCCUGUAUAAUACACAAAGAAUCCACCCAGAGGUACCUAAUGUCAAGUCUGCAGCUUAUCUCAACGUCUUCACGGUGUUUCCUUUCUGGGCAUCUUCGACACAGAUAUACCACGUAAGUGCUCGGCCACCUUCUCUCCUGUGGUCGAGAGCAUGCUUUGACAUCUUCUUUUCGCAAGGCCGAGAGCAGUGCGAGUGACUUUCACAGCAGUCAUCGAUCCACUGCUGAAUCAGAUCAAAGUCUUCCUUCCCGGCCACAGUGGUUGGAAAAAGACGGCCCUUGAUACCACCAUGAGUAGCAGCCGGGUCGCUCUUGUCCACAUACCAAUCAAGAACACCAUCGACAGCGCUCUGGCGACCGGGAGGUAGAGACUUGUCAAAGAUGCCAUUAUCACAAUCGGAGUCAGUCGCUGAAGGCGGCUCUCCCGAAGUCAAGACAUGUAUUCUGUCCUGACUCAGGUAGGUCCCACCGUCCCACGCAGUGACUGAUAGCUGUCUUUGUUUGUUAGUAGCCUCGAGGACGCACUGCUUCUCCUCGGCAACAGCUGCAUCGAUUAAAACCCUGACCCCGAACGCGUGGUAGGAGAUGCUGCCGGUCGUUUCAUCAGAGCCAGGUAGGUGGGUUGAUGAUCUCUCGCGUCUCAUCACGUGAUGAAGCCUGGCAAUAGCGGCCAAGCCGGGUGCUCAUUCUCAUUCUGCACGUCCUGGACGGAGCUUUCUUGACGCAGCAAAACACUAACACUUGAAGCAAUUGACGAGCGACGACAAGUAAAUGCAGUAUCAAGAGAAGCGCGAAGUCGUUCAUCUCUACGUACCAGUACCAGGUAAGCAGGCCCGAGGACCUGUUUCCGUGCUAGCGGCGAUCGGGACGUCAUGCGGGACCAGGAUCGGUCGCGUGGUUGAGCUUCCGAAGGCUUUUGUUGGUUUCUGAAAACAAUUUCAACAGCAGCUCAGCGCUUUCUUCCUGCCUUCCUCCAUCUUCACCACACCACUGCCACGUUUCAUGCUCUUGCGCUCCUCCUUCGGCUUUCGUUCGCUCACCCCUCGAAACUCCCUCGAUCGCUUCGGACUAGUUCUUCCCUCCUCGCGCUACUCCUGGUCCUCUCACGUUUCCUCUCAACGACCGGGUCCACGUCCUCUACACCCAAGUCCACAAGCACCGCUGCGAACGAUCACGACAAUGGCGAGCCUGAAACACAAGGUCUGCGUCGUCGGCUCCGGCAACUGGGGCACAACAAUCGCCAAAGUCGUCGCCGAGAACGUAAAAGAGAACAGCGACAUCUUCGAACAGGAGGUACAAAUGUGGGUCUUUGAAGAGCAAGUCUCCAUCCCCGCGGACAGCAAACACUACGCCGGAAAUGACGACGAGCAGCCCCUCACGAAGCUCAUCAACACGUAUCACGAGAAUGUGAAAUAUCUGCCCGGCAUUGCAGUUCCGGAGAAUGUGGUUGCAAAUCCGGAUGUGAAGGAUGCUGUGAAGGAUGCCACGAUUUUGGUGUUCAAUCUGCCGCACCAGUUUAUUGGGAAGACCUGUCAGCAGAUCAAGGGGAAGGUGCUCCCGUAUGCGAGAGGAAUCAGUUGUAUCAAGGGGGUGGAGGUUAGCGAGCAGGGGUGUGAGUUGUUUUCGGACAGUAUUUCGAGAAAGUUGGGCAUCUAUUGUGGUGCGCUGAGUGGAGCGAAUAUUGCAAACGAGGUAUGAGAAGAUCGUAUCUGAGGGUAUGCGGAGUACUGACUGGAUACAUACAGGUUGCUCUCGAGAAAUGGUCCGAGACGACAGUCGCAUACGAUCCGCCAUCCGACGCCCACGCUCUCCCGGCCGAGCUACCACCUCUCGACCACGCCAAUGUCAAGAAGGUCUUCCAUCGACCCUACUUCCAUGUACGGAUGGUCAAGGACGUCGCGGGCGUCUCUCUCGGCGGCGCACUGAAGAACGUUGUCGCCAUCGCAGCCGGAUGGGUCGACGGCUUAGGCUGGGGCGACAAUGCCAAAGCAGCAAUCAUGCGCGUUGGGAUUCUGGAAGAAGUCAAAUUCGGCAAGACAUUCUUCGAUUCCUGCCGCACCGCUACCUUCACCGAGGAGAGCUGUGGUGUCGCAGAUCUCAUCACCUCCUGCUCCGGCGGGAGGAAUUUCCGGUGCGCGCGGAUGAGCGUGAAGGAGAAGAAGGCAAUUUCGGAGAUUGAAGAGCGGGAGCUGAAUGGACAGAAAUUACAAGGCGUGAGUACGGCGCAAGAGGUGAACGGUUUCCUGAAAGCGAAGGGCAUGGAGGCGGAAUUUCCGCUCUUGACGGCUGUGUAUGAGAUUUUGGAGGGCAGGAAGAAGGUGGAAGACCUGCCUGCGAUUCUUGAAGGUACGAUGGACUGA